UUUUAUUGCAUAAUAUUAAUACUCUUAUAUUCCAUUUUCUGUGACAUCACAUCAAGCUCUCUGUUUCUGGUCAUGGGUGCCAAGCAUCUAUCUUUUAUCAACAUCUCUCGUCCUGAUGAGGGCCAGAGUAAGCGUACCAAGGCAUUGGUACGUCGGCAUGUUAUGGCAGAUGUUGGCCGUUCAAGGCGUAAAAAGGCGAAAUACAAGAUUAUACCCCUCCAAGUUGCCGCCACAAUUACUUCAUCAGACGUUGUACCAGUAAACGCCGAAGCAGCUGAAUCACUCCCUCUCGUGAGGAUGCCGCCGUCGUUUCAAACUUUUCUCACCGGUGGUGAUGCUCGUGCUUCAGAACUUAUUACUUUCAUGACGUCUGAAGCUGACUACGUGUACCGUCCGUUUCGGGCAUCGUGGUUUCGGAUCGGUCUCUCUGAUACAGCCGCAUUCGACUUAUGGCUUGCGCAAGCAGUGGUAAUUCGCGAUAGUUUAUCCCAUCAAAAAGAUGCAGUCAACUAUGAUGAAGAAUAUUCGGAUACAUCUGAAGCAAAUAGAUAUUACUGCAAGUCCUUGCAACAGCUGGCUACUCGACUCAACAAUCGCGAAGAUUGUGUAAGCGAUGGUGUUAUAGCGACUAUCAUGGGAUUUAUAUGCGUUGAUACUCGUGUCGGAAAUUGGGAUCGAUAUACCGUGCAUAUGGAUGGCCUGGAGCGAAUAUACCAUCUUCGUCAUGGAUUUGACACUUUAGAUGGUGAGAUCCCACUAAUGGCAUUUUGGGUUGAUUUAAUGGGUGCAUCCAUGCUCAAUCGCUACCCAAGAUUUCCCAUCCCAAAGCAGCUGAUGAAUUCUCAGAGGAUAAAUAAGGACGACAUUCCCCAAACGCUGCGCACUUUGCUUCAUCAUGCUGAGAAAGUCACUCCUCAAGGCGGGCAGAUAUACGCUAUGUUACGCAUGAUGGCACCAGUUGUUGCUAUAGUGAACCGCAAUACUUAUGAUGCCCUAUUCUGGACCGAACCGGCGGUUUUGAUCGAAAUACUUGGCGUUGCUAGUCAUUUUGUGCUGUCAGUGCCUAAAUGUCCGGAAGAUGAUACACAAACAGAUUAUCCGGUCUUCAUGGUGCAGAGGAUGGUACAACUUGCGUGUUUGAUGAUCAUGUCAGAGCUCAAACGAGUAGCAUCCUUCCACUGGGCAGACAUAGGCCCUCUGGGUGAUCGCUUCAUAAUCCUACUGCAGGAAUCUACUUGCGAGAUUCCUAUGGAGCUCAAAAAACUGCGAUCUUGGGCAAUUGUGACGGCAUACUCCUUGGCGCGGCUUGAAAUUCGAGACUCAUUGCUUGUCGAAGCGAGGCAAUCCAUGAGUGAGGUCGGCAUCUGCUCUUCUGAUCAAGCGAUUGAUUAUAUGAAGGAUACUUUGUGGUUGCAAAGUAUCAAUCCAAUUAUAUUGGAGAGCUUAUUUGUAUCUAGCAGUGGGUGAUUAGAGCAAAGAUGAGUACCAAAAAUAUACCACG